UAUUUCAUCUAGUAACUCGCAUUGAACGCUUGCGCUAUGUUCUCAUCUCCCUUUUCACGAAUUCAACUAUGAGAAAAUUGCUUCAAUAUUCAGUAUCAUUUUAUUCAUCUGACGAAAUGUGUGUGUUCGUUGAUACGGAAAUUUACUUUAAAAAUACGUAAAGUCUUCGGAAAACUUAAAUUUUCAUCAUCGUGUUUUUCUUGUUUUUUUUUUGAAAGGAUGCAUUGUGGUCAGUGUUGUGUUGAUAGGUAGGAGUAAAGUUUAUUCGUACGAGUUGUGCGUAAUAAUUUUUUUGAAAAAAUAAUGUUGUGAUGACUCGUCUUCCGAAUCUUCAAACCUAUUUCAAUACGUACAAGUAAAUAAUGACACAUGUAAUGGAUGCUGUUGAGCCACAAUAAGUAGAGCCUCGGCUAAAAAAUUGAAAAAUGCUGUUGAUGAACCUCUCGUUGAUUUAUUAUCUGUGUUAUUUCAUCAUAGACAUUGCUGGAUUACGAGUUGCGGAACUUUCCAUCCCAAGGCAUGUUGGUCUUAGAGAAAAGGCUCGAUUAAGCUGCAAAUUCGAAAUCACCAGAGGAAAACUUUAUUCUGUGAAGUGGUACAAAGAUGAAUUCGAAUUUUUCAGAUUCAUGCCAGAUAAUAAUCCGAAUAUUCAAACUUUCCCCGUACAAGGAGUGUAUUUAGAUAUAUCAAAAUGUAACAUGACCACUGUGACUUUACAUCAACUGAAUUUCAACAGCUCGGGUAAUUACAGAUGCGAAGUUUCCAAAGAUGGACCGAACUUUGAAACGGUAGUUAAAAAUGGUGAUAUGACCGUAGUGGAAUAUCCAAAAGGUGAUCCGAUAAUAGAAGGAAUCCAAUCAAGUUAUUCAAUAGGUGAUUUCAUCUCCGGGAAUUGUACCUCCUUAAAAUCUAAUCCAGCAGCUAAUCUAACUUGGUUCAUCAAUAAUCAAAAGGCGGAUCAAGAUAUUUUAUUACAAUAUCCAGAUGUACUCGAUGAUGGACCACUUUACUCGAUAACAUUAGGAAUUCAUUUUCGAGUACAGAAAGAUCAUUUCGAAAACAACAUUUUGGAACUGAGGUGUUCGGCCAAAAUCGACGAUCUGCCAGCUUGGACUCGAGAAUAUAAAAUCCAUCAUCAAUCUUUCAUUCAAGAUAUGAUACAUGCUCAAAACAGAUUAAACAAUGGUUUCGCAUUAACGAGCCAGUUCCACGUUACUAUUACAAUGUUAUUUUUAAGUUGCUUUAAUUGUGUAUUUAUGUAAAGAUUAUUUGUUGGUUUUUUUUUUUUUACUUUUUAUGUUUUCAAUUUACCAAAUAUUAAUUUUUAUUUUCCAUUCGUUAUUAUUGUGCUAUAAUAAAUCGAUCAAAAAAGUUGUGUAACAA